GACCUCUUAUCCGGCUUCUACAAAUCCCGGAAUACUGGGUCAUACUAAAUAAUAAACGGGAUCCUGUAUUGAGUACACAGGACCUUGCUUUUGAAGUUGGUUAAUUUGCAUACGGCUGUCUCCAGAAAACCUGAAAAUCCAAAAAUCCGGGACACUUCCGGUUUUGAGUUUGCCGGAUAAUUGGUCCGGUUCCGUAACAAGACUUUAAAUAUUUACUGCGGAGAAUUGUCGGUUGUUAGACACGCGGCAACAUGUUGUUCUAUUCUUUCUUCAAAUCUUUAGUUGGUAAAGAUGUUGUUGUGGAACUAAAGAAUGAUCUCAGUAUUUGCGGCACUUUGCAUUCAGUGGACCAGUUUUUAAACAUAAAACUAACCGACAUCAGUGUUACAGAUCCUGAAAAAUAUCCACAUAUGCUCUCUGUAAAGAAUUGCUUUAUCCGUGGCUCCGUUGUGCGUUAUGUCCAGUUGCCAGCAGAUGAAUGUGAUACCCAACUGUUACAAGACGCAGCACGCAAAGAAGCUGCUCAGAACAAGCAGAGGUAAUAACAACAACCAACAAUGUUAUAAUUUAAUCAGACUGUUGUUUCUUUCUCUCUCUCUUUUCCUUUUCCUCUCAAUUCCAUGCAUUUGUGUACAUAGCCUUCCAUCAAACACAACACAUGAUGAUGAUGAUGAUGAUCAUAUAUAGCUAAUAAAAAAAGAGAAGUUACAUGUUUUUCUCCUA